AUGAGCAACAUCGACGAAGAGAAGGCCAUCCCUGUUGCGAUCUACCGCUCGGGGAUCAACAAGGAAGGAAACGUUGUCAAGUUCACCGGCAAGGGAAUGGUCAGGAUGACCGAGAGAGAGGUCAACGGCGACGACUCUGGCACCACGAUGAUAGGCGACGACGACGAGUACAGAAUCAACAUGUCGUACUUCCACGACGUCGACCUCCCUCCCUAUCCGACCGGACCCCGGCCUCUGCACGCCUCGCCGCCGCUUCAUCCCACCAACGGUCUCCACUCCACUCUCCUACACCCCCCCGGAUUAGAGCAGGUCUCACCGCGCCCUUCCCCCGCCGACAUGACGGACGAAGAAUGGGAUGCCGAGCUCGCCGUCUGUUUCGGCAGCCCACUCGCCCCCUCAUUCGGCGCACCCCUCGCGCGUAGCACGACCCCGCACCAUCCGCAGGCCCCCGACGUCCUCCCGCUCCGGCACUUCCGCACGCGCCACGGGACCCCGUCGAUCACUUCCGCGCGCUCCUCCGCCUCCGGCGAGUCCACCCCAUCCCUCUCCCACUCGGUCACUUCCAUCUCCCCGCUCACCCACGCCUAUCGCGCAUUCAUGCACAAGCUGCCGCACUACACGUUCACCUACGUUCCCGCGCCGCCAUCCGCAUGCAUCGCCUGCGACGCGCUGUCGGCGCACUACCGCUGCGCGAACUGCCCGCUGGUGCUGUGCCGCACGUGCGUAGACCUUAUCGGACGGCUCGGCGGGUCGAUCCACCGGCUUAUUGGCGUUGUCGCCCGCUGGAAGCUGGGAUACUCUGUGCCAGCCCGCGAGCGGGACGGAAGCGUCUGGGGUGCUGGACCGUUUCCGCCUGGUCGCAAGAAGGCAAUGGUCGUCGGCGAGGUCAGGGACGAUCUCGACGAUGACUCGGACUCGAACUCGAGUCAGGGACAGGGAGGUGUCAGGCUCGGAGAGGACUAUGAGGAUCAGCGCGAGGACGAUCAGAAUGAUAAUGCCUCGAGCAUCUGGGAGGACUUUGACGACGACUGGAGUGAGGGCGAUGGCUGUGAGGCUGCUACGGGAGAUGUGAGUGAGGAGGAGGAGUGGUAUUAGGAAGGGG